AUGGAAUCACAAGAAAGUGCAAUUUCGGAGCAGAAGCAGAAAAUCGAAUCAAUAUCAUCAGAAAUAACAUUGAUAUCAACACCAUUUCCAUACCGUGAUGUCACCUUGAAAAUAUUUAGUUAUUGCUCUCUGGAAAGUAUUCUCUUGGGAGUACAAUUAUUGAAUAAGGAUAUGCAGAGUGUAGUAUUGAAUCAAUCCGAGAUUAUCUGGCAAGAGAAUUUAGAUCGAUUGGAGGAGAGAGAGAAAAUUAAAUAUAAAAACAAGGCCUUUGAAAAGGUUGAAAAAGGCUCGGAAUUGAGAAGUCAGAUCAUGUUGAGAGUUUUGAAACAACAAGUAACUUAUAGAAAACAGAAAAGGCUUAAGGAAAUUAUUUUCAAUAGUGGUAAGGAUAGAUUGGAGAUUUUGAAGAUUUGUCAAAAGUAUGCUGGACAGAGUAAUAUUUUGGCUGGAUUUGUGGUUUUGAAUUUUGUACGCUUGUCGAAUGUGCAAUCUUUGGAAAAAUUGGAUAUUGAUUCAUUUGAAUUCAUGUAUGAUAUUGAUCCAUUCUUUUAUAUGAAGUGCAGAGCAGAAUAUCCUAUAGGCUUGUUAUUCAUUUGUUGUUUUAAAUCAAACCAAGUCAAGAAUGUUAAAACCAAGAGUUUUACACAAACUAAAUGGAAACAAGUUCAGGAAAAAAUCUCCUCUGCCACUCUCCAAACCAUUUCACGAUUCCUGAGAGAGUUCUACAAGAUAUCGAAAAGUGCAGCCCUUUCUGUUUCUUUGAUUCACUACUAUCAAAUGCCUUACAAAAUAUUAGAUGGUCAAUACCUUACUGCUCAUGAAUACUUUCAACAAAUCAAUUCUGGAACUGUACCAACCGAUGAAAAUAUCCAAAAAUUCCUCCAAUCUCAAAUGUAUCAUUUCCUUACUGAAUACUAUGAGAAAUUCAAAUUAAUUGUAUCUUCCAAAAAGACAAUUUCAUAUUCCACAACAAACUAA